AUGGCGGUGAUCCGAUUGUUCCAACAGCAGCAGCAACAGCAGCAACAACAACAACAACAAUUGCACCAACAAAACCAACCACACCAAACGCUUAUGCUUCAGCAACAACUAGCACAAAACGUGACGCCUGAACAGCAGCAAAUGCAACUUCAGCUGCUACAACAGCACUUAUUACAGCAACAGCAAGGUGGAGCAUCAGCACCGCCAAAUAAUAUGCUCAACCAAAUCCAAUAUCAAAUGCUUGCAUUUCAAUUCCUGCAAAAGGGCAUGGGUGCACCUGUCCAAGACGAGCCUGUACCGCCCGUUGAAGAGCAACGCAAAAUACUUGGCGAAAAACUAGCCGAGGCUAUCUAUCGUCAAGAACGAGAUCAUCGCGCAUUAAGCAAAGUCAAGUACCCAGACACACCCGUCAAAGAGCAGCUCACAUUUAUGGACCUGCUGUCCGGAAUCCAACGAUCGCAUGCACACGCAUCGCGACAACAACGGUUACUUGUCCCAGAAGAACAUCUGCCACCCAACAUGCCAUUUGUUGCCAUGACUCCCAAGGGACUCUCACCGCUUACAGUACUUCGAAAACGCGAAGAACGGAUCCAACGUCGCGCACAGCUGCGCCAAGAUGAAUUGGAAUCCAAAAUAGUGGACGGCACCGAACUUGGGAAGCUGAUUGACGAAAAUUACAAAGAAACGAUCAGAAGCGCAACACCGGAUCAGCUCACCGACAUCAUCCGAUUGAAAUCAUUGCGGCUUCGGGAUAAACAGAUCAAAAUACGUCAAGAAGUACUGCAUGGACAAGAAGAAGCCGCGAAAUUAUCUGCCACGAUUGACAGAGCUGCCUAUCGCAAGCUAAUGAAACAAUCCAUCCGCGAUGCCAAGAUGACAGAAAAGUUGGAGAGACAGCAGCGGUUAGAUAAGGAGAAACGUGAAAAGCAGCGUCAUUUGGAGUAUCUGCAGACCGUAUGCAACCAUGGCCGAGAUUUAUUGGCAUGGCACAAGGCGUCUCAAGGAAAGAUGGGCAAGUUGGGCAAGGCAGUGCUGCAAUUCCAUGCACAUAUUGAACGUGAAGAACAGCGGCGUGCAGAUCGCUUGUCCAAGGAACGUAUGCGUGCGUUGAGAGCUGAUGAUGAAGAGGCCUAUAUGAAGCUGAUUGAUGAGGCCAAGGAUACCCGAUUGACAUUACUGCUCAAGCAAACUGGCACUUAUUUGGAAUCACUCACACGCGCGGUGGUGGAUCAGCAGAAUGAUCCAAUUCAUCAAGUGGAGGAGAAAGCCGAUGACUUGUUAGAAGGUGAAGAACCGGAUGAAGAAACUAUGCUGACGGAUUCGUCUGGAAAUAAGAUGGAUUAUUUCCGCAUGGCACAUCGAAUUCAAGAAAAUGUCUGUCAACCACAAAUUAUGAGCGGCGGCAAAUUAAAAGACUAUCAGGUCAAGGGCCUGCAAUGGAUGGUAUCGCUCUAUAACAACAAGCUCAACGGCAUCCUGGCUGAUGAAAUGGGUCUUGGCAAAACGAUUCAAACCAUCAGCUUAGUGACCUAUUUGAUUGAAAAGAAAAGUCAAAAUGGCCCCUUUUUGGUUAUCGUGCCAUUAUCCACAAUCACCAAUUGGGAGCUGGAAUUCGAAAAAUGGGCUCCAACAGUGACAAAAAUUGUAUACAAGGGCCCACCAGACGUGCGCAAAAGCAUUCAGAAAUCACAAAUCAAGCAUCGAGACUUUCAAGUUUUGUUGACGACAUUCGAUUACAUCAUCAAGGAUCGGCCCAUCCUAUCAAAAAUUAAAUGGACAUACAUGAUUAUUGACGAAGGUCACCGCAUGAAGAAUACGCAAUCCAAGCUGACGUCUGUGCUUCGGCAGUAUUAUGAUGCACGGUACCGCCUCAUUUUGACCGGUACUCCGCUGCAGAACAAUUUGCCAGAAUUAUGGGCUUUGUUGAACUUUGUUCUACCCCGCAUCUUUAACAGCGUAAAGAGCUUUGAAGAAUGGUUCAAUACUCCAUUUUCGAAUCAAGGUGUCCAGGACAAGGUGGAGCUAAAUGAAGAAGAACAGCUAUUGAUUAUCAAACGUUUGCAUAAAGUACUGCGGCCAUUCCUUUUACGGCGACUGAAGAAAGAUGUUGAAUCGGAAUUACCGGAUAAGGUAGAACGGGUGGUUAAAUGCAAGCUGUCAGCUUUGCAGUCGCGACUCUACUGGCAAAUGAAAAAGCAUGGCAUGUUAUAUGCUGGCAAUUCGGGUGGCAGUGGGCGCACAAGCAUCAAAGGCUUAAACAACACAAUCAUGCAACUUCGUAAGAUAUGUAAUCAUCCGUUUGUUUUCGAAGAAGUCGAACGAGCGGUGAACCCAUACAAGAUGAGCAAUGAACUGCUGUACCGAACAUCCGGAAAGUUUGAGCUGCUUGAUCGCAUCCUCCCUAAGCUUCGAUCGACCGGUCACCGAGUGCUGAUCUUUUUCCAAAUGACGCAGAUCAUGGAUAUCAUGGAAGACUUCUGCUUAUACCGUGGUUAUCGCCACCUUCGAUUGGAUGGAUCGACUAAAUCAGAUGAUCGAUCGCGACUACUACAAGUGUUCAACGCACCGGACUCUCCGUACUUUGUAUUUCUGCUGAGUACUCGCGCAGGUGGUUUGGGCUUGAAUUUGCAGACGGCAGACACGGUGAUUAUUUUCGACUCUGAUUGGAACCCACAUCAAGAUCUGCAGGCACAGGAUCGUGCCCAUCGUAUCGGCCAAACAAAGGAGGUCAGGAUAUUUCGCCUCAUCACCGAAGAUUCCAUUGAAGAGAAUAUCUUGGCACGAGCGCAAUACAAGCUAGACAUUGACGGCAAAGUCAUCCAAGCUGGCAAAUUUGACCACCGAAGUACCGAAGAGGACCGCGAGGCAUUCUUGCGAUCUUUACUAGAGGACAAGAGCGACGAGCGUGAUGACAAUGAGGAGAACGAGGAAUUAGACGACGAAGAGCUUAAUCUGAUGUUGAAACGGUCGGACCAAGAAUAUGCUACUUUCUCCAAGAUGGAUUUAGAACGGCAGCGUGCUACGGCUGAGGAAUGGAAGCAACGCUAUGGGGAUCAUCAUCCUCCUGGAGCCAAGCCAGAGCGGCUCAUGCAAGAGUGGGAGCUGCCUGACGUGUAUCAAUACGACAAUAGCGGCCCAUACGAGGAGGAUCAAGACUUGGAAGUGCUUGGUCGUGGCCAACGAACACGCGAGCCUAUCCAGUAUGAUGAUGGCAUGACGGAAGGACAAUGGUUGCGAAGGCUGGAGAAGGAGGCAUCUUCUGCUUCAGCAUCUCCGGGAAAACGGGGCAUGUCUCCAGAUGGAGCACCGCCUGGCAGUAGUAGCAAAAAGGCCAAAAAGCUCCGCAUACAUUAG